CCCGCCGCCACCCAAACACCAGGCAUUUAUCUUCACGCUCCUGCAGCUCUCUUAUUCUUACUGACACACUUAUCUUCCCAGGAUUGCCCUUACAGCUACUGUUUGAGCUUGGCAAUACCUCUUUCUCUAUACGUCGCCACCGUUGAUCAUGAGCGCGCGAUUAGGACCCUUGUUUCGAGACCAAUUAUACAAUUCCGCCACACAUUAGCAUUCACCACUCACCUACGACGAACACCCUGAACUACGAUUAUUUAAUUAUCCUGCGAGGAAACUACACUCAAUGCCUUCACAAUAUCUUGAUGCCGGUUGGGACUUCAGCCCUGUUAUCGAUCUCAUUGAAUCUGCUUCCGAAGAUAUCUGCUCCCCAGCGCUUCGGCCUACAACGCAGAAGAACUUUACACCAGCCUGCGAAGAUGGCGGGGUACGCUUGGGCAGCUUCUCCAAGCUCUUUGAGAGCCUAGGCUUCUCAGACAGUUUGGUAGCACCACUUCCACCCCUCGACCCUGACUCUGAGCUUAGCAACUCAGAUGACGCUUUGUUACCGUCUCCAACUUUGAAGCCGGCUCAGGCGCCCGUCGGGUGUGUUGAAAAUUCAACUGUUGAGCCAAUAAGCAGCCCGGGCUUGACGAAGACGCAGCGCAAGAAGGCUCGCAGACGUGUUGAGAAGGAGUUGUUGGAAGAGCAAACCCGCCAGCGGAUCAUGCAAGAAACCCUCGAUCAACUUGCUGAAGAACUGGAGGAUACCGAUGUUGCUGAAAAGCCGCAAAAGCCCUCCCGAACGAGUUCACGAUCCAAUGUUGGUGCGAAAAUCCGACCUACGCUUUCUGUACAGGCGUCCGCACCAAAAUCCACAGGUGCUCACGACAUUCAGCCGAAGCAACCGAAGACACCCAAGUCUCGCCCCAGUAUAUCUAAGCAAUUAUACGCAGUACAGCCAAUGACACCUCAGCCAUUACAAAAAGCACCGGUCAUUACUCCCUGUAAAACGCCAGUACCUAAUCUAGCUGUACACGAAACGUCGAGCACUCCAGUGCUAGACCAACACCUUGAUCCCCCACCACAGCGGCCGUCUCUUGUGGCUACUCCAGUACGCCAUGGACUUGUCCCGCGAACUGUUCGGCCAGUUACUCUACCAAGGGCUGCUUCACAACCGGCUGUUGUAGCCCAGGCUCCAACGACACCGACUCCACGGGCCGGCUCAUUCAGCGGACGUCGACCACCUCUUGUGAUUCGAUCGAAAACGGAUCGCCAUCUUCAUCUGUUCAACAAGCUGAUGGAGAAGUUUCCGGAAGAUCAGAAGUGGCUGGUGGCGCCGAUGCAGCUUCUGAACGAGCGGCAAAGCGAGCACGGUUUGCAUGUAUUCGUCGACGCCUCGAACAUUAUGAUUGGACUCAAGGAUAUGCUGCGCUCGCAUGGGUUUCACCAUAACGCGUAUGACAUAUCAUUUGAUAGCCUUGCGCUGCUGAUGGAGCGGCGCCGACCUGUAGCCAAGCGAUUUUUCGCUGGCUCACACCGCGAAGCCAACCCACUUCCUCACAUUGAGAAGCUGGUGGAGACUUCGAAGGCGGUUGGGUACGACAGCGUGAUGCAAGAGCAAGUGCUGAUUGUACGGGAAGACUCUGAGAAGAAGAAAUUCUUCAACGACGUCAAGAAGAUGGGGUGGCACAAGGCCACGCAGAUGCGGUCUGGCAGCGGCAGCGACUCUGAAACGAGCGCCCCGGCUCCCAAGACACCUGCGGCCCCGAAAUGGGUUGAGCAGGGAGUGGACGAGAUUCUUCACCUGAAGAUGUGCCAGAGCAUUAUUGAUUCCGAAUGGCCGAGCACAAUGGUGCUAGCGACGGGGGACGGGGCAGUUGCAGAGAUGUCGGACGGGUUCCUAGCUCACGUGGAGCGAGCGUUGAAGCGGGGGUGGAGAGUGGAGUUGAUCAGCUGGGGGCAGCAGAUCAACAGUGGUUAUAGGAAACGCCAGUUCCGAGCCAAGUGGGGGGAGCAGUUUACGAUCAUUGAGCUGGAUGAGUUUUUGGAGGAUUUGAUUGAUACGCGGUAG